AUGGCUUCAGCGCGUGGUCCACGAUGGCAGCAGUUUCUGCAAGAGCUUGUCAUGGUUGCAGGCACUUCAGCUUCUGCAUACUUCCUGAUCCGCUACCUCCUCUCUCGCCUCGAUUUCGACCCGGAAAGUCAGAAGAAAGAGGAACAAAAACGUAAAUCAGCUGCAAUUUUACGGAAGCUGGAUGGAGGCGAGGAAUCGGAUGGAGCUACGUCGGACAAGGGAGGGAAACGAUCACGGCCAAAGCGCGGUGAUCUUGUUCUUAACCAGUACGAACAAGCGAUUGCGAUGGAUGUCGUAGCUCCAGAUGACAUCCCUGUAUCUUUCGAAGACAUCGGCGGUUUGGAAGAUAUCAUUGAAGAGCUAAAAGAGUCCGUGAUAUAUCCCUUGACGAUGCCUCAUCUUUACUCGUCUACGUCUUCACUUCUCACAGCACCUUCGGGAGUUCUGUUAUACGGCCCUCCCGGUUGCGGGAAAACCAUGCUUGCGAAAGCACUGGCUCAUGAGAGUGGCGCCUGUUUUAUUAAUCUUCAUAUAUCUACGUUGACAGAAAAGUGGUACGGUGAUUCCAAUAAGCUGGUCAAUGCGGUCUUUUCCUUGGCUAGGAAAUUACAACCCUCGAUUGUUUUCAUUGACGAGAUUGACGCGGUACUCGGCACCAGGCGGAGCGGCGAGCACGAGGCGAGUGGGAUGGUGAAAGCGGAGUUCAUGACACACUGGGACGGGUUGACAUCGGCAAAUUCCUCGGGAGAGCCGCAACGAGUCGUUGUGUUAGGGGCCACAAACCGGAUGCAGGAUAUUGAUGAUGCUAUCCUGCGACGCAUGCCCAAGAAGUUCCCCGUGACACUGCCACUGGCUGCGCAGCGACUCGGAAUCCUAAGUCUCGUGUUGAAGGACACGAAGAUUGACCGUCAAAAUUUCGACCUGCACUACCUUGUCAAAAUGAUGGCGGGUAUGUCUGGCAGUGACAUCAAGGAAGCUUGUCGUGAUGCUGCCAUGGUCCCGGUCCGAGAGUUCAUUCGAACAAAGAAGGCACAAGGCGCCCAAAUCAGCUCGGUCAAUCCAGACGAAGUUCGUGGCCUGCGUACUGAGGAUUUCUUCUCUCGUGCCGGCGGCGUCAGGGUCAUUCCACCACCCACGCAAACACCAAACCCCGCCGCGUCCAGCAAAGCCAACUCCGAAAAAGAAUGGAGUACAGAAGAUGAAGCGGCGUCUGAGGGUGGGACACAGCCACCCAGCGGAAUGGUCGAGCCGCCGGAAUGA